AUGCGCCAGCGCUACGAUUCCAUUCACGCGCCGCCACCCAGCCUCUCGGUAGGCGACUGGGACUGGCUCGAGCUUUACGACGGUUACUCGCUCCCUCACUCCCUUGCUCCCUUGCUCCCUCACUCCCUCACUCCCUCACUCCCUCACUCCCUCACUCCCUGCUGCCGCCCGAUCUCCGUCCAGGCGUUCAGCGGGUCGACUCUUACCCCAUCAAGCGAGUCGUCAGCACCCCCGCAUACGAGCUCGACCUGCCGUCCUCAAGUCGUCUGCAUUCGGUACUCUCGAUCCAGCACCUCGAGCCUUACAUAUCGUCCGACAAGCCGAUCACUUCCGCGACGAUCGCAGCGAUCCUCAAGGAACGUCGAACACGGCGUCGUGGCCGUCAAUAUUUGGUCCGUUUCGACCACGCUGGACACGACAAGUGGGUGCCGGAAAGCACUGUCACCAACCCAGCCGUGCUCGAUCGACCCUGACGCCGGCUUCUCGAAACGGUUUUGGGUUGGUCCGUAUCUGCACCGCACCUCGCCCCGAACUAGCAUCGUCCAUGUCGCUCCUCACUCAUAUCCUUUCUCGUUCGUAGUCUCGUCUCUUCGGAGGGUCAGUGUCACAUGCGGAUGUCUUCUCGCACGUGACAUCCGACAUGACCUCACCCGAGUUCCGACAUGUAGUCGCAGGCUAGCUAUCGGCUAG